CCCAGUCCUUUCAGCCAAUCCCUGCGCUCCGAGGGAGCCGGAGCCAGUGGGCGGGUCCCCGGGCUAGGCCCCGCGGGCCGCUGGGAGAGGCGGUGUCUGGGCUCCAGGAGCUCGGCUGGAGGGCGGGGUCCGGACGGUGGUGUGCGGACUUUCGCGCAGAUGCCAUGUGGCCUAUGCUUUGGACCGUGGUGCGCACCUAUGCUCCGUAUGUCACCUUUCCCGUGGCCUUCGUGGUCGGGGCUGUGGGCUACCACCUGGAAUGGUUCAUCAGGGGGAAGGAGCCACAGCCUGUGGAGGAGGAGAAGAGCAUCUCAGAGCGCCGGGAGGACCGCAAGCUGGAUGAGCUGCUAGGCAAGGACCACACCCAGGUGGUGAGCCUUAAGGACAAGCUGGAAUUUGCUCCUAAAGCCGUCCUGAACAGAAACCGCCCGGAGAAGAACUAAUGGAGGACCCAGGGCCCUAUGGGGCCUUCCGUGGGCCAUGGCUGGGCCUGCCACCACGUCGACGCAGCCCCAGAACCCACAUCUGAUUUGCUUUAUUGCUGCUUCUGGCCCCUCCCACCCCCCACAGCCACACACAUACUGGCUGCUCUGCUGUGGCGAGGCAGACGCACUGGAAGCGGAGGGGCCAGUGAAGAGGAAGGCCUGGGAGGGUUCUGGCCUGAAGGUUGCCUCAGCUGGAUGGUGGCCACGACUGCUGGGGCUUCUGCGCUGCUGGGUGCACCACUCGGGGGAGAGUUAUGAAACGAACACUGGCUGUCAGUCCCGGUGGGGAGGCAGUUUGGCCUCAAGUGGGAGUGGCUGGGAUUGGGGUGGUGGGGUACCUCAUGCCUGGUUCCGGUUUGCACUGGCAAGAGUUCACAGAUCUACCUGGCUCUCUUAACUAGCUUGCCCUGUCCUUUGUGCUCAUUCUUCUUGAAAUCCUGUCCUGACAGCUCAGGGAGGGGAUUCCCCUGGGAAGGAACGCCGUUUUCUGUUCUUGGGAGCCCAGACUGUUCGCCUUGGGGCAGGUGAAUUAGCUUGAAUCACCAUCUUUCACCCCGCUCCCCAUUACUGUGUAGUGCAAAACUCGAUUAAAGUGGCGUCUGAGAACCA